UUAGAAACGUAAUAAUUUUAAGUCACUUUUAGCGAACAACUAAUAUGAGGCCACGUGGUUCCAAAUUCAUAAACCAGAAGCACUUUUGGAUAACGCUUAUUCGGUUUUGAGUUUGUCAUGAAUUGUGAAUUUCCAAAUUGAGAAUGGGAAUUUCAUCAUUUCUCUCCGUUCCACCGCCGUGUGCUGCCUCCGUCUCCGCUCCCCCAAGGUGCAUAGAUAAUGCGAAGAGCUUGAACAACAAAAUUUCUAGGUUAGAAGUGAAAAAAUGUUAUUCAAGAAGGUUGAUUCUUCAGUUUCUGGGAAUUAACCCUAUAUUAUGUUAUGCUGCUCCUGCUUCGGCUGCACCAAUUAUGGAUAUGAAUGAACCACAAGUCAUACGGACUUUGAAGCUACCCAAUGGAGUGAGAAUUCAAGAUAUUAUUGAAGGAGAAGGACUAGAAGCACGUGGUGGAGAUUUGGUUGAAUUCAAUUGUGUAUGCAGGCGUGCAAAUGGAUACUUUGUUUUCAGUACAGUAGACCAAUUCAGUGGAGAAAGUAAUCCUGUUAUACUUCCUUUGGAUGAGGAUGAGAUGAUAUUGGGGUUAAAGCAGGUUCUAACUGGUAUGAAAAUUGGUGGAAAAAGAAGAGCAUUGAUUCCACCUUCUGUAGGAUAUGUAAAUGAGAACUUGAAGCCAAUACCUGAAGAGUUUGGCCCUCGGCGCAGUCUUCUUUCUCAUGCACAGGAGCCUUUGGUAUUUGAAGUUCAACUCUUGAAAAUUUUGAAAGCUUCACAACAAUCUGAAUUUAAUUGAAUUAGUUUUUUAUUUUCAUGUGCAACUGGAUUUCAUUGUUUUAUUUUAUGACAUAUAUAAUCUUGAUCUCCCACAACAAUAUUGGAAAAAUAAUGAAAUCUUCUUACAGAAAUAGAAGGGAGAUUGAAAGAGAGUAGAUUGAAA